ACGUAUAGUGUUUAUGACAUUUGUGAUUGUGAGGUUAUGUCAUUCAUAGUUUGCAUAGCAUUGACACUAAGCAAACCAAAAAAUUGUGUUGUGUGUCUCUUUAUAUAUAAAUUAGAAGGAUUUUAACCUAAAUUAUUUGAGUUUUAAAGCGACAAACAACUUAAAAAUGGGUUCGCGGAAAAGAAGAAGAGAGCGCGAUUCGUCUCGUCGCCACAAACGUUCACAUUCUCGUUCAUCGUCGGAGAGUCGUUCGAGGUCACCAAUUGCACCACCACCACCGAGUAUAUCCAAUCGACGAAGCAGAGAAAGAGACAGAGAUGAAAAAGAGGAUAGACACAGACACAAACACAAGGACUCAUCAAAAUCGCGAAAACACCAUCAUCGCGAUAGAAGUCGCGAAAGAAGCCGAAGCCCUGGUCGAUCCAGACGCUCAAAACAAGAACCAGAGAUUCAUAGUGACAGUUCAGAUUGUGUUGAAGUGCCAUUGCCACCGCCAGCUCCAGUCAUUUCCAAGCCAGCCAAAUCAGCCAAAUCACCAUCACCAAUUCCAGAGAAUGGCGCCGGUGACUCGCUUUCCAUUGAAGAAACGAAUAAAUUGCGUGCAAAAUUGGGUUUGAAACCACUGCAAGUUGAUUCCAAUGAGAGAGCAUCACCGUCGAAGAAGAAAACCAAUGCCGAAGGUGAACAAAUGCACAAAGAUGAAUGGGGUGAAUUCUACCACAAGCCAGCAAAUAAUCUGUCGGAGAAAUUGCAAGCCGAAAAGUUGCGAGAGAAAUUCCGACAGAACAAAGAGAGGCGAGCAUUGGAAAAGAAGAUGAAAUCGAUCAAAACACUCGGCGAACACGAUUCAGAUGAUGAUGUAUCCAAAUGGGUCAAUUCGAGUCGAGAGAAGGAAAAGAUGAAAGCCCAAGCUCAGCGUAGAGCCAAAAUUUUGGAAGAGAUGGACGAUGAAUUCGGAGUUGGUGAAUUGGUACAAGAGGAAACGAGGCGAGAGAAGAAGAAAAUUUACUCAGAGAACAGUUUGAAGGGGCUGAAAGUCGAUCAUGAUUUAGAUGCAUUCACAGAAGGUAAAUCGGUCAUUCUAACGCUAAAAGAUAAGGAUGUUCUUGAUGUGGAAGACGGUGAUGUAUUGAUGAAUGUGAAUAUGGUUGACGAUGAACGUUACCGCAAAAAUAUCGAGAACAAAAGACUGAAUCCCAAUCAAUAUGGUUACAAUGUCUUUGACGAAGAAGUGGAUGAGUUUGGAAACCCUAUCGAUCGCGGUGUUUUGGGUAAAUACGACGAAGAAAUCGAUGGUAAAAAGAAAAAGAAAACAUUCACCAUUGGACAGAAUGUUGCGCAGGAAAUCGCUCAGAAGCGAAGAUUGCAAGAGAUAAAAUCUAAAUUGGCCGGUAAGCGUUUAGAAACGUUAAAUGAACCACUGAUUGCUCCAGCCUCUGACACAUACACCGAGUCGGAACUAGCCACAUUCAAAAAGCCGAAAAAGAAGAUAAAAAAAUUGCGCAGAAAGUUGAAGGCUGAAGAUCUUGAACCAUUGCCAACAGAUACUGACUCAUUGGAUCAUCGCAAACGUGAUCCCAACCGUCAUUUGUCGGAUGUACUAGAUACAGACGAUGUGAAUAUGUCCGACUUCAAGGAGGAAAUCAAAAUUGAAGAAGAGGACAACGAACUGGAACACAUUUUGUCAAAGGCCAGACGCUUGAAGCAAGUCGAAGCCGUGAAGACCAUGGGCUUGGAUGUGAAUAAAAUCAAAGCCGAAGUCAAGGCAGAGCCUGACUCAGACGAUGAACUGAGCUCAAAUGAUUUCAUCACAUUGAAUCAAACGGCUGAAUUUUGCCGAACACUUGGUGAUAUUCCAACGUACGGCCAGUCGGGCAAUCGAGGUGUGGAUGCAAAUGAAAUUAUGGAUUUAGAUAGCGAGCACGAGGAAGCGGCUGAACCAAUGGAGGAAGAGGAACCAACGACGGGUACAUGGAAUUCAGUCAAUCCCGAUUUAGAGACAAAACCAAUAGAGAAACAUCUAGAAAUAGCCGAAGUGGCCAUUUUGGACGAAGAACCAGAUGUUUCAGCCGGUAUGGGAGCUGCGCUAAAAUUGGCUUUGUCAAAAGGUUACCUAGAGAAAGAAGAAUCAAAUCGACCGAGCAACACUCGAAUGGCGCACUUGCUGGCGCAAAACUAUGCCAUUGAAGAUAAAACGCACGGCGAGGACGACAAGUUCAAUCGCCGUGAUCGCUUCCACAGCGGCCCGUCGAGUGAUUUCAAAGAGAAAGACAACUACAAGCCGAAUGUCAAGCUCGAGUACAUCGAUGAUAGUGGCCGUUUGCUAAAUGAAAAAGAAGCAUUCCGAUAUUUGUCGCAUAAGUUCCAUGGCAAGGGGCCUGGUAAGAAUAAGAUCGAAAAACGUCUUAAGAAGGUCGAACAAGACGGACUCAUGAUGAAAAUGAGUUCGACCGAUACACCGUUAGGUACAUUGACCAUGUUGCAGCAUAAGCAGAAGGAAACUCACAGUCCAUUCAUUGUUCUCAGCGGAAGCAAACAAGCCCACGGCUCAACCACCAUCACAAAGCAUAAAUAAAAUGGUCCGCAUUGCGAUCGAAUUCUAUUCAAGAUUUGCACUCGAUAAACUCUGUAAAAAAAUAAUCUUUCCGUUUCACAUUUUAGAAUAAUUUCGAAAAGCUAAAGAAAUUGUUGGAAUAAAAAAUAGAAAUUAAUUUGCGAAAAAAA